GUUUAUGGCCGUGCGUGCUGACGUCACCGGGCAGCGAUCCCUUCGCCUCUAGCAGCCCCUCCGUUGUCGUUGCUGCCGCUGUGUAGCAGUUCCUGCCUUGCAGCCAGUGUGCUCUGCCGGGCGGCCCCGUCCAGCCCCAGGAUUUUGGAAGAAGACGACGCCCCCCCCGACCGCCAUAUUUGCCGUUGCUUUGCUGCCAUCAUUGGUAUUGUUCCGGGGGAGCAGACCAGCUUCAUCGUGACAGGCCUGUGACUUGUGCUGUCGUCCGCGGAGAGGAGCGCCGCACUCUGCCCUGUGUCGCUACAAAAUAAUGAAAAAAGUGCACCAAACCUCUUGAUAAGACUGGGGUAUAAGUAACGGCCACGCUCAUGUUUUCUCCUGAUCAAGAAAACCACCCUGCGAAAGCACCUGUGAAGUAUGGGGAGCUCAUUGUACUGGGAUACAAUGGCUCUCUUCCAAAUGGAGACAGAGGGAGAAGGAAAAGCAGGUUUGCUCUGCUGAAAAGGCUGAAAGCAAAUGGGGUGAAGCCAAGUACAGUUCAUAUUGCCUGUACACCGCAGGCAGCAAAGGCAAUAAGUAACAAGGACCAGCACAGCAUAUCUUAUACUUUGUCACGGGCACAAACUGUGGUGGUGGAGUACACGCAUGAUAGCAACACGGACAUGUUUCAGAUUGGAAGGUCGACAGAAAGCCCCAUUGAUUUUGUGGUAACCGACACAGUUCCAGGAAGCCAGAGCAACACCGAUACACAGUCCGUUCAAAGCACCAUCUCAAGAUUCGCGUGCCGGAUAAUAUGCGAAAGAAACCCUCCUUUUACCGCAAGAAUAUAUGCUGCAGGCUUUGACUCGUCCAAGAAUAUAUUUCUUGGGGAGAAAGCUGCCAAGUGGAAGACUCUCGAUGGGCAGAUGGAUGGGCUGACAACAAAUGGUGUCCUUGUUAUGCAUCCACGCAAUGGUUUCACCGAGGACUCUAAGCCCGGGGUCUGGAGAGAGAUCUCUGUAUGCGGCAAUGUGUUCAGUUUGAGAGAAACCCGCUCUGCCCAGCAGAGAGGAAAAAUGGUGGAAAAUGAAAGCAACGAACUACAGGACGGUUCCCUCAUCGAUCUAUGUGGAGCAACUUUGUUAUGGCGCACCGCCGAAGGGCUUUCCAGAACUCCAACCGUGAAACACUUGGAAGCCCUGAGACAGGAGAUCAAUGCAGCGAGACCUCAGUGUCCUGUCGGCUUUAACACACUAGCAUUUCCCAGCAUGAAAAGAAAGGAUGUGGUUGAUGAGAAACAGCCGUGGGUCUAUCUGAACUGUGGGCACGUGCAUGGCUACCACAACUGGGGGAAUAAAGAGGAACGGGAUGGGAAAGAUCGGGAAUGUCCAAUGUGUCGUUCUGUGGGACCGUACGUUCCUCUGUGGCUAGGGUGUGAAGCUGGAUUUUAUGUGGAUGCAGGCCCUCCAACUCAUGCCUUCAGCCCCUGUGGACACGUGUGCUCAGAAAAAACCACUUCCUACUGGUCCCAGAUUCCACUUCCUCAUGGUACUCACACUUUCCACGCAGCGUGCCCCUUCUGUGCACACCAGCUUUCAGGGGAGCAAGGUUACAUCAGACUUAUUUUCCAAGGACCUCUAGACUAAGUGGCUUUUUUUUUUUUUUCUUUUUGUCAGGGCUUGCACUGAACACAUAAGCUAAGAUGGGUUUAGUUUGAUUUCCAGUGGACUUUUUCAAAGUUUACUAGGGACCCCUCCGCAAGGAGAGGAAGGAAACUACAGAACGAUGGAAGAACCAUGAAGAGAAAUGGGAACACCUUCUCUCUGUGCAACCAGACAUUUCAAGACGGGAUUAUGCAGAUAUGAUUUAAAUGCCUUCAUUACUCUUUCUGAAUGACCCAACCUCAGUAUUAAAUUAUUUUAUGGAAACUGGGGAGAAUACAGUCGGCUCAAACUACAUUAGUUUACAGUUCAAAACACCUUGUAUAAUAUAGCAUAUGACGAUUUUGUAUUUAACUUUAGUAUGGAAAAUUCCCAGUGACUUGAUAGACUCGUCCUACAUAUUGACCGGUGUACUUUGGAUGCUUAAAGUAGCCCAGGGACAAGUUGUCACCACACAAACAAGGACUGCGUCUCUUUAUUUUGUUUCUUCUCUGCGUCAUGGUCAUGGGACGGGCACAUCUCACCAUCGAACCAUGUAACAAGUUCACCAGAGGAGUCUGAGGGAUCUGUAAAUAUGCAGCUCAUUGAUGUCCUCCGUGUUUAGUCUUAUCAGAUGCUAGUCAGUUUGCAUAUGUUUGCAACAUUUCAGGGUUUUAUUUAUCGUUCGUAACUUUUAUUCAGAUUUUUAUUCCUGAAGUACUUGUGAUAUUAUAUGUUUGUCCUUUUAUGAGCCAUUUUGGUUUUCGUCUUUUUUUUUUUUUCGUGCAGGCAAGGACCUUUGUACCCUCAGAAGUUUGUGUGGGACAUUAAAUCUUAAUUAUUUUUAUUUUAUUUUAACAUCCUCUUGCAAUCAACACUAUAAUUUCCAUGUUCCAGCAUAGGCGGUAGAGUAGGUUUUUGUCAAUCUUCUGCAUGAUUCUAUGAUUGUAGUAUUAGCUUUCAAACAUCUUGUUCCCAGCUGGAGAGGUUGUCCAGGAUUUUGAUAUUGAUGGCCUCUCCGCAGGAUAAGCCAUCAAUGUAAGAUCGGCGCGGACAAACACCCCACACCACUGCCAAUCUGUUGUUACCUUACAGCUCCGGUGGCCGAAGUCAGCGCUAGAACUGCGCAGCUCUAUCUGGUAACUGCAGCACUUCUCCCAUUCACUCAGUGGGUGCCAUACUGCAGUUAGCAGCUCCGUCCACUACACAAUGUAGUUGGGGCACUGGAGACACAAGGUAACAGCUGAUCUACAAGAUGUCGGACCCCCACCUAUACUGAGAAUAGACCAUCAAUAUCAAAAUUCUGGAAACCCCUUUAAGCCUUUUAUUGAUAAAGCGAUCUUGGAAGACAAUAGACACAAGCAAAUCAUAUUUUAUUUAAGUUGCCAGCAUAGAUAUUUUUUUUUUCCAUUAUUUUUAUCUUUAUUGUUUUGCACACACUCAGGAAAAACUUAGAAGGGAAGCUACUUUAUUGUUAUGAUCUAGCAUACCGAGCAGAUGGGUAUCUGGUUUCAGUAUUGUGUCUAUUCUGGCAUUUGUGAAACGCCCGAGCCUGAACGCUCAUCAAGAUGGGUGUCUAAAGCUGACCAUACACAUUAUUACCGGCAGAUCCACCAUGAUACAAUGCAGGUGGGUCGUGGGGACUGCCAGAGCAUCACUGGCGUCUGAUUUUGGUGGGGAGGUUGUCUUGGAUGGCCCAUUCAUUUAUCAUGUGAAUUGACAUACAUGUUUGGCUGAGCCACAUGUGCAUGUCCAUGGGGUUGAGGGCGGCAUGGAAGGCAAUGCCUUUCAGUUGGAUAUGUUUCUGCUUGCUGGUAUGAUUUAUGAGCAGCUUUUAGUGUGUGCCCAACUUAUACAGGAAGGGAAGACAGCCAUUCUGUUUAUUUCGGGGACUGUUGCCUAUCGGUCUUUUAAGUGUUCUCCGGGAAUUUAAGAAAAUGUAAAUACUUAAAUAUUUAUUAUACAUAUAUUUCCAAAUGCCUUUCAUUAGUUAUAAUGGCUCGUUUUGUUUAGGGAGCAAUUAUUAGGAGAAAUAAAAUGGACGCCGUCCUAUUGGUACACACAAAACCUGUCCUUAUCACACAGCAGGAUGAUUACUUCAUCCUCCUCUACUACUUGUCUUCGAUGGUCCUGAAUACAGCUGAUAAGAUCUUCAACUGAAUCUCUGAAGGAAUAGAGUGCAUGAGGAGACAUGAAGUACAGAGGAGGUGGGGAUGUGGCUGAUGAACAGCAGCACUUGUAUGAA